AUGGUCCAUCUAGCAAGCGUCAAGAAAAACAAUCAAGUUCCCAAUUCCUCCGUCAGUGAUCUCCCACCCGUCGAGACUUUGGAUCUCAAUGCCCACGGAGACGAUGAUUUCUCGACCAGUGUCUACGGAACUCGGUAUGCGGCCGAGUCGCUUCCUGCGCUGGAAAUGCCAGAGAAGGAGAUGCCGCGGGAAGUUGCUUAUCGGAUGAUCAAGGAUGAUUUGAGUCUGGAUGGGAAUCCGAUGCUCAAUCUUGCUUCGUUUGUGACGACUUAUAUGGAAGACGAAGCCGAAAAACUCAUGACCGAAGCCUUUAGCAAGAAUUUCAUCGAUUACGAGGAGUACCCCCAAUCCGCCGAUAUUCAGAACAGAUGCGUCAAUAUGAUUGCGCGCCUGUUCAAUGCGCCCACGGACCCGAACAGCGAGAAUGCCAUGGGUACUUCGACCAUUGGCUCCUCCGAAGCCAUCAUGCUCGCUACUUUGGCCAUGAAGAAGCGCUGGCAAAACAGGCGCAAGGCCGAGGGUAAGGACUGGACUAGGCCCAAUAUCGUCAUGAACAGUGCUGUUCAGGUCUGUUGGGAAAAGGCUGCGAGGUACUUUGAUGUGGAGGAGAAGUAUGUUUAUUGUACUGAUGAUCGAUACGUUAUUGAUCCUGAGCAGGCUGUGGAUCUGGUGGAUGAGAAUACUAUUGGUAUCUGUGUGAUUUUGGGGACUACCUAUACGGGUGAAUACGAGGAUGCCAAGACGAUUAACGAUCUCUUGGUUGAAAGGGGACUUGAUGUCCCGAUUCAUAUUGACGCUGCUAGUGGUGGAUUCGUGGCUCCGUUUGUGAAUCCUACCUUGGAGUGGGAUUUUAGACUGGAGAAGGUCGUUUCGAUCAAUGUUUCCGGUCACAAAUACGGUUUGGUGUAUCCCGGUGUUGGCUGGGUUGUGUGGCGAUCACCCGAGUACCUCCCUCAGGAACUCGUCUUCAACAUCAACUAUCUCGGAGCUGACCAGGCCAGUUUCACCCUCAACUUCUCCAAGGGUGCAUCGCAGGUCAUUGGGCAAUACUACCAGAUGAUCCGUCUCGGUAAACGGGGUUACCGCUCCAUUAUGCUCAACCUCACCCGCACCGCUGAUUAUCUGUCCCGCAAGCUCGAAGAGCUCGGCUUCAUCAUUAUGAGCCAAGGCCGUGGUCACGGUCUUCCUCUUGUCGCAUUCCGUCUCAACCCUGACCGGGACUACUUUUACGACGAAUUCGCCAUUGCGCACCAGCUGCGCGAACGCGGCUGGGUGGUCCCAGCGUACACCAUGGCACCACACAGCGAGAGGUUGAAACUGAUGCGAAUCGUCGUUCGCGAGGAUUUCAGUAUCCCGCGCGCGGAUAACCUUGCCAAUGAUAUCAGACUUGCGCUCCAGACACUGGAGAAUAUGGACAAGAGUAUGAUUGACAAGUACCAACAACAUGUCAAGAAUCAUGUUGUUAACUCGCACAAGUCGCAUCAUAAUCAUCCGGCGUACAAGAAGGAGAAGCACUCCUUGCAGGGAAAGCAUGGGAAGACUCAUGCUGUUUGCUAG